AUGACAGAGCUCUAUCUUCCCCCGAUUUCUUCCCCCGCUAGCAGCUCUCUUGCUAAUGCCAUUGGCCCCCCCUCCGAUUAUUCUCACGGGAAUUUCCACCCCCACCUACCAGGGGACUACACGAACGAUAUCAUCCCCGCGCCCAACUUGCACACUCACCCUCAACAAUUUCAGGGAAUGGUUCCCCAGCCGCGUUCGCAUUCUCAGCCCCUACCAAACAUUUUAUAUGGGCCUCCUCAGCCAUUGCAUAACGCCGCCUACGACAUCACUCAGGCGCCGCCACUAGGAAUUUAUCAUCCGCCGACCGGCUUCGACGUGCAACGAUUUGAACGACGGAUGGGGGAUGCUCCACUCGCUGGGACUUAUCCCCACCAAGGCGUAGCUUAUCCACCAUCGCAAAGACCGGAGCCCCAGCGCUUACCACCCCGCGGAUCGUCGAAUGGGCCCUACUCGCUGCCUCAAGGACAUGUUCUACCUCAUGACCACCCUAGAACAUUAAACCCAUAUCCUCCUGUCGUGCGUCCACAGCACAUACACCCCGUCCCUUUGCCACACCAGCCUUACCCACCGGUCAACCAAGUUCGCGAUCACCAACAAGUGUCGCUUCCACAUUAUACUUCAGCCCCACCGCUGUAUACCGGUCAGCAGGAUCAAGAUGACCCUCCGCCCCGGAAUCAGUCCAGCCUAGUCGAAGAAACAAACGGAAGGCUGCCAGAGUCCAAGGAACCAGCACGGAAGAACGCAAGGGUACGGAAAGUCCCUAUGCCUCAAUCCCUAAGUCCCUUUCCGAAGCGUCGAGGACCUGGGAGGCCUACAAAGGCGGAAAGCGAUGCCAGGAAGAAGGCUUCAGUGGAGGAGCUAGCCGCAGCUGCUUCAUUAGAGGCAAGUUCCAGCCAUGUUCAGGAACCCUCUACAAGUGACGCUUCUAGGCAAGCCGCCAACGCUUCGCCCAUAAUUCCUGGAAUCCGGCCGAUUCCUUUCAAAUUCAACAUAAAAAAGGACUCUCCUCAGGCAACUCCUACGCCUCAACAAAUAAAUACUCCCGGGAACCUCUCAAGCGUCCACCCAGAGCUCCCAGACGGCUACAAGGACCCAGGAAUGCGCUCCUAUCCCUUCAAAGUUGCCUCCAAUGCCAUCGGAAUCCCCCGGACGACCGUUCCCCUCGACGCGCCUGCAGUUAUGGACCAAGGCGAGCUCAUGGCUCUGCUCCUGAUUCGCGAAGGCCGAGAGUACGACCUAAACUCGUAUCCACCUAUAGACGAGCCGUUUUGGCCUUCGCUCAACCGUUGGACGGUCCCGCCACUACCUAAGACGUGCUACAAGUUCAACGUCAAUGAAAUCGUCGAUGACAUGAUUUCGGAUAAGCUUUUCCCGGACCCUGCAGAACGGCUUACUGAAGAGGAAAUAGAGGUAGUGGCGACGAACUAUCUCAAAGUGUGUAAAUCUUAA